CUGAAAGUUAUUUCCCAAAUAACUAAAUUCAAAUAGAUUACUUAUGUAAACUUAAGUGCAUUAUGAUGCCGUCAUGAUGCUUAUCAGGUGUCCAGUGCUUUGCUAAGUACAGUUAUAUUACGUUUAUGAUAUCCGACCGAUCAAUGGAGACAAUUUUCAAUAGUUGUGUCCAAAAACUUGCUCCCGAAAAGUUGCCGAUAUUCAGUUGGAAUACUAAGAAAGUUAUAAAGUCUUUCGUGAUACAUUUCCAGGUAGCAGAAAUCCUUAUUCACUUAAAGUUAUCUCGUGAUAUUGGUUUUGUAGGUCAGGAUAAACCUUACACAUGCCGUGCUCGUUUGGUAUUUUGCAUAAUUCAGUCUCUGUUUGGUUUUUGUAACUGGCUGAAAGAAAUAGACGUAGGUAGCAUAACCACUCAUAGCAAUGGAGAAUAGAUGGACAGCACUUGUGCACAAUGACACCACAAACCAGAAAUCCCAGAAACUAGAUAUGGAAAAAAUUACACCAAUGGAAAAUCUCUGUUAGUUCGCUCUAACUCCCUGGGUAAAUGUUACAUAAC